AUGGUUGUAUUCAAUUUUACACAAAAAGGUGCCAAAUUCACCGACGACACCUAUACCGUUUCAACAUCUCGUUUAUACAUCCACUUGUCACAUUUGUCAUCGCCGCACACACACACACACAUACACGACUCAGCCAAGCGACCCCUCUCAUGGUGCUAUGUUUGUGGACGAGAAAAUCUAGCCAAGGGACAUUUGUGGGGAACAUAUAUAAAAAAUCCCCCUGGGUCAAACGCUCAAGGUUGCGGGGGAGGGAGUCGUUAA